CGUGACUGUCCGCGGAUAGCUCCACGGCCAACGCCUGUCUCGUCCUCGUCCUCGAGCUCGGAGCCCCGCCCGCGGUGCGGCAGUGGUCCGUCCACUUGUCGCUAACCACAUCUGUAAAGCUUCGCUCCUAAUAAUCUCCUUUUGAACCCGUGCUCGCGAGGGAUUAGUAAGCGCUAAGUAAAGCUAAGCUAAUGCGCUUGCCCUUUUCCCGGCCUCCCGCCCGCUCUCGGUUGCUCCCCAUUCACUUCUUGUCGGCGCCUUUUGCUCCUCUCCGCCUCGGAUUCCUUGCUCCCCCAUCGCAUCUUGCUUCUCUGUUCAUUCGAGCUGGAAUUUUUGACUCGUUUGAUUCGUCCUUGCGCGGGCCGUCUCGGCGGCGGAAGUUGUAGUCGUAGUGCUUGAUUCGAACUUCGUAUUGGUUCCCUUCAUCUGGAAUGAAGGGAGACACUACUGAAAUUUUGCGCCUUGCCUAAUCAUGCUGUCCUUGAACAAAAUGCAUUUUCUCAAGUUAUAUUCGAGCAGUACAGCCGUCAGAAAUGGUUCGCUGGGAGGGUCUCCCCUUGGAACCAACAAGACGGGCCGGCCGACGAGGCUGGCCGGCCUGGACAACGGCGCAGACGCGGCGGCGACCAAGUCCCCCACCGGCCGGAGCCCCAAGGUGGAGCGCCGCACCACCAUGAGCGCCGAGAGAGAGAAAAGGAGGUCACCGAUGAAGCUGUCUGAGCUAGAGUCCCAUGUUUCGCAGCUGCAAGACGAGCUGAAGAAAGCCAAGGAACAGCUCUAUUCCUCCGAGAACUCCAGGAAGCGUGCAGUGCAGGAGGCCGAGGAGGCCAGGGCGCAGGCCGCGUCGGCGACCGCGCUGGUCCGCGACUCCCAGGCACAGCUCGCCGAGCUCUCCUCCGUCGAGCAGACCCGCAUCUUCGAGCUUCGCCGGCUGUCCCAGGAGCGCGAUCGCUCGUGGCAGUCGGAGCUGGAGGCUAUGCAGAAGCAGCACGCCGCCGACUCGGCCGAUCUCGUUGCAGCUAUGGGGGAGGUGCACCGCCUCCGCGUGCAGCUCGCCGCCGCGGCCCGCGCCGAUCGCAAGCAGGAAGUGGCGGAGGCGCUGGCCACCGUCGACGAGCUCAAGGCCAAACUCACGGCGAGCGAGGAGGCCGAGGCGCAAGCGCGAGCAUUGCACGAGGAGUGCAAGCAGCAGUUGGAGGCGAGCCGGGCCACCAUCGACUCGCUGCUCACCGAUGGCUCCAAGCUGAUGGACUCCUUCAGCCUCGUCGUCACAGAGCUCGAGGAGUCGCGCGCCAAGCUUAAGGCCCUCGAGGAGGAGGUGGCGGAGACGGCGUCGGUGAAGGCCGCCACCGUAGAGCGCUGCAACUGCUCGAAGGACUCUGAGUCGGAGGUUGCCGACCUAAGGUCGGCUUUGGAGGAUGUGGAGGUCAGGUUCCAGGAAGAGAAGAUCCUGAGCACCGUCGAGACGCAGUGUGCGUACGAGCUCAUGGAUCAGAUAAAGGUGGAGUCCGACCUGCGGCAUGGCAAGCUUGCGGCGGCGCUCGCGACCGCCAAGUCUGAGGCUAUCUUCCUCAAGGCGAGCCUGUUCGACAGGGAGUCAGAGUUGAAGCGCGCCCAGGACGCGACCAAGAAGUUGCAGGACGACGCGAGAACGGACAGCACUGCCGACAACCUGAAAGCGCAGUUGCAGGGCGCGCUGCAGGAGAACGGGCAGCUGAAGCAGGAGCUGCGGCAGUACGAAUCCGCCGAGAAGAUCCCCGCGAAGUCGGAGGCCGACGCGGCGGCGGAGGCGGCGAAGAAAGGGGAGACAGAGGCCGAGUUGAGGCGGCUGAGGGUGCAGGCCGAGCAGUGGAGGAAAGCCGCCGAGACCGCCAUGGCGUUGCUCACGGUGGGAAAAGGAGGCAACGGGAAGAUCUUGGACCGCGGCGAAUCACUGGAUAGCGGCACCAAGUAUGCGGGCUUGUGCGACGAGCUCGACGACGACGCGGCGGUGGCCAGGAAGAACGGGAACGUGCUCAGGAGGAUCAGUGGAAUGUGGAAGAAAUGAGGCUGAUCGCCGAUCAACUGAUCGAUGACAACUAGUAGCGUGGCUCGAUCGUAGGGAUCGAGUUGUUCGUUUUUGUUUACCUUGUAUAAUUGUUUUGCCGGUUCUUGUGGUGUAAAAACAUAGGAGUGAUUGUACUGAAUGUGCCCAUAGCUGUAUUAUACGCGGUAUAUGAUGGAUUGAAGAAUCAAUUCAUCCGGGUGUGAAUUACGAAAGGUUGGAUUACCCCAUUUUAGAAA